AUGAUUCUUCCUGGCCUUGCCAUCCUGGGGGAGUACUUGGUCAUCCCCAGGGUGUCCACUGCAUACAUCCACAAGUUCACCAACGGGGGCAAGGGAAAAAGAGUCGCCCAACUUUGGUACCAAUGGUAUUUGAUGGAAAGAGAUAGACAUGUCUCUGGAGUCAAUUGCUACCAUGUGUCCAGGGGCCUGGAGAACACUGACUAAGGAAGCAUUUCCCUGGCUGGUGAAAAAAAGUUACUCAGCUAUGGUCAUCUGUUCCUGUUAGAAGGCUUGGCAGCAUAUUAUAUA